AUGACAGCAGCACUGCCCAGCCUGGCUCUAGCCCUGCUCUGCCUGCUGCAGGCAGGAGCCCAGGUGCCCGUGCAGCCGGACUUGGACACUGAGAAGUUUGCAGGGGAGUGGCAUGUCACAGCCAUUGCUUCCAACUGCUCUGUCUUCCUGAAGAUGAAGGAUGGGAUGAAGUCAUCCACGGCCAUCGUCAGCUUCACACCAGAAGGGGACCUGGCCAUGAAGUUGGUCUUGCCCCUGAUGGACAAAUGCCAAGAGUUUGAGCUGCUCUUCCAGCAGAGCGGGCAGGCAGGGCACUACAUGGGAGCACAAGAGAAGAGGAAUCUGCGUGUGAUAGAGACAGACUACAGCCACUAUGCUGUCCUGCACGAGGUCCAGCACAGCGAGGCAGAGCCCAGCACAGCGCUGCAGCUCCUCACAAGGGAGCAGGACGUGAGCCCCCAGCUCCUGCAGAAGUUCAUGGAGCUCAUCCCCACCAUGGGCCUGACUGAGGACAUGCUGGCCAUCCUGCCCAAGUCAGCUGAAGGACCACGUGCCCUCCAGACCUAG